ACCGGACCCCCCCUCCCCGUGCCCGGCGACGCCCCCGGCCCCAUGCAAUCCCGGCUCCUGCUCCUCGGGGCCCCGGGCGGCCACGGAGGCCCAGCUGCGCGGCGCGUGAGGCUGCUCCUGGGGCAGGUGGUGCGGCGCUCGGAGGUCAAGCUGCUGCACGCCGGGGCGGGGGCCGACACAGGUGAUACAGUUAAUAUUGGAGAUGUAUCUUACAAGUUGAAAACGCCUAAGAGCCCGGAACUUGUGCCACAGAACUACUUUUCAGACUCUCUGGCUCAAUCAGUAAUUCAACAUCUAAGAUGGAUAAUGCAGAAGGAUCUUUUGGGGCAAGAUGUCUUUCUAAUAGGACCUCCUGGGCCUCUUCGCCGCUCUAUUGCUAUGCAGUACCUGGAGUUGACCAAACGGGAGGUUGAAUACAUCGCCUUAUCAAGAGACACCACCGAAACUGAUCUCAAACAGCGUCGAGAGAUCCGCGCAGGCACGGCUUUUUACAUCGAUCAGUGUGCAGUUCGUGCAGCCACAGAAGGUAGAACUCUCGUUUUGGAAGGCUUGGAGAAGGUGGAGAGGAAUGUUCUUCCUGUUUUGAACAACUUGCUGGAAAAUAGGGAGAUGCAGCUUGAAGAUGGACGCUUCCUGAUGUCUGCUGAGCGUUACGACAAACUUCUCCAAAAUCAUACCAAAACAGAAUUGGAUGCUUGGAAGAUUGUCCGAGUUAGUGAAGAUUUCCGAGUGAUCGCCUUGGGCUUGCCAGUACCUAGGUACUCUGGGAAUCCAUUAGAUCCCCCGCUCCGAUCUCGAUUUCAAGCCAGAGAUAUUUAUUAUCUACCCUUCCAGGACCAACUUAAACUGUUGUAUUCAGUUGGAGCCAAUGUUUCUGCUGAGAAAAUUUCUCAACUCUUAUCCUUUGCCACCACUCUCUGUUCCCAAGAAUCUUCUGCUCUUGGACUUCCAGAUUUUCCUUUAGAUAGUUUACCAGCUGCAGUUCAAAUCCUGGAUUCCUUUCCUAUGAUGUCCAUCGAACGUGCAAUCCGGUGGCUUUACCCAUACACUGUUUUACUAGGACAUGAAGGGAAGAUGGCUGUGGAAGUUGUUUUAAAACGCUUUGAACUCCAAGAUUCAAGAAGCUCUCUGCUUCCUGAAGAGGUUGUGAGAGUGGAGAAGAUGACUGAAAACCAUGUCUUCCAAGCUUCUGUGACCAUCCGGAUUGCAGAAAAAGAGGUGACCAUUAAGGUGCCAGCUGGAACCAGGCCAUUAAGUCAACCUUGCACAUCAGACCGUUUUAUACAAACUUUAAGCCAUAAACAGCUACUGGCUGAAAUGAUGCAGUCUCACAUGGUUAAGGACAUAUGUCUAAUUGGAGGAAAAGGUUGUGGAAAAACAGUCAUCGCUAAGAACUUUGCAGAUACCUUAGGAUACAAUAUAGAACCUAUCAUGCUCUAUCAGGAUAUGACAGCACGUGAGUUGCUACAGCAGAGAUACACGCUUCCAAAUGGAGACACUGCCUGGCGGUCCUCACCCCUAGUAAAUGCUGCUCUGGAAGGGAAGCUGGUCCUCUUGGAUGGCAUUCACAGAGUCAAUGCUGGUACAUUCGCUGUAUUACAAAGAUUGAUCCAUGACCGAGAGCUAAGCCUCUAUGAUGGCUCUAGGCUGCUGAGAGAAGACCGGUAUAUGCGUUUAAAGGAGGAGCUGCAAAUGUCUGAUGAGCAGCUACAGAAGAGAUCGAUUUUUCCUGUCCACCCCUCCUUCAGAAUCAUUGCCUUAGCAGAACCCCCUGUUACUGGAAGCACGGCACAGCAGUGGCUGGGACCAGAAUUCUUAACCAUGUUCUUUUUCCAUUACAUGAAACCACUUGUCAAAAGUGAAGAAAUCCAAGUGAUUAAGGAAAUGGUCCCAAAUAUGCCUCAGGAAGCUUUGGACAAAUUGUUAUCAUUUACACACAAACUCAGAGAGACACAGGAUCCAACAGCGCAGUCAUUGGCAGCAUCCCUUUCUACCAGACAGCUGUUGAGGAUUUCUCGUCGGCUGUCACAGUACCCUAACGAAAAUCUUCACAGUGCUGUCACUAAAGCCUGUCUUUCCAGGUUUUUACCAAGCCUUGCAAGGUCAGCAUUAGAGAAAAAUCUGGCAGAUGCUACAAUAGAAAUAAGUACUGACAAUAACCUGGAGCCAGAAUUGGAGGAUUACAAAUGUGAAGUCACAUCUGGAUCUCUGAGGAUUGGAGCUGUUAGUGCACCGAUCUAUAAUGCCCAUGAGAAAAUGAAAGUGCCUGAUGUUCUGUUCUAUGACAACAUCCAGCACAUGAUAGUGAUGGAAGAUAUGCUCAAAGACUUUCUUCUUGGAGAACACCUAUUAUUGGUUGGGAACCAGGGCGUAGGAAAGAACAAGAUUGUUGAUAGAUUCCUUCACCUGCUCAACAGACCUCGAGAAUAUAUCCAGCUGCACAGGGACACCACGGUCCAGACCCUUACUCUUCAGCCUUCUGUUAAAGAUGGACUUAUUGUGUAUGAAGACUCACCUUUGGUUAAAGCAGUAAAAUUGGGUCAUGUUCUGGUAGUAGAUGAAGCAGACAAAGCCCCAACAAAUGUCACCUGUAUUUUAAAAACUCUAGUAGAAAAUGGAGAAAUGAUUCUAGCAGAUGGAAGGCGCAUUGUUGCAAAUUCUGCAUUAGUCAAUGGAAGAGAAAAUGUUGUUGUGAUCCAUCCUGACUUUAGGAUGAUCGUUCUGGCCAACAGACCUGGAUUUCCUUUCCUAGGCAAUGAUUUCUUCGGCACCUUAGGUGAUAUUUUUAGCUGCCAUGCAGUUGAUAAUCCCAAACCCCACUCGGAGCUCAAGAUGCUCAGGCAGUAUGGCCCCAAUGUGCCCGAGCCCAUCCUUCAGAAGCUCGUGGCUGCCUUUGGAGAGCUGAGGAGUUUAGCUGACCAGGGCAUUAUUAACUAUCCUUAUUCUACCAGAGAAGUUGUCAACAUAGUCAAGCAUUUACAGAAAUUUCCCGCUGAAGGUCUCUCCAGUGUGGUUAGGAAUGUGUUUGACUUUGAUUCCUACAACAACGACAUGCGGGAGAUUUUGAUUAACACUUUACACAAAUACGGGAUACCUAUUGGAGCAAAACCUACCAGUGUGCAGCUGGCAAAGGAGUUGCCUUUGCCACAGCAGACCUUCAUGGGCUAUUGGACAAUUGGUCAGUCAAGAAAUGGAAUGCAAAAACUAUUGUGUCCAGCAGAAACUCAUCGUAUAGAUGUAAAGGGUCCAGCACUUAUAAACAUACAGGAGUAUCCAAUAGAAAGACAUGAAGGAAGAUCCCAAACCUUUACUGAAGAAUGUGCCUCCUGGAAGUUACCAUUGGAUGAAAUUAACUUAAUCUGCGACAUCGCUACAUCACAUGAAAAUGAGGAAAAUACUCUCUAUGUAGUUGCAUGCAAUCCCGUUUCCUUAUACUUUAUGAAUAUGACUGGGAAAAGCGGCUACUUUGUGGACCUUUUUGACAUCUUCCCAAGAGCGGCCAGUGGAGUCUGGCACCCAUUUGUGACAGUGGCGCCGCUGGGAAAUCCCCUCAAGGGUCAAGUGAUUCUCCAUGAGCAGCAGAGCAAUGUCAUCCUGUUGUUGGAUACCACUAGCCAAGCCCUUCAUCGUCUCAUCUUACCUUCAGAAGAGUUUACACUUAAGAAAACUUCCUGGUGGAACAAGGAGGAAGCUGAAACUUACAAAAUGUGUAAAGAAUUUGCACACAAAAACUGGCUAGUAUUCUACAAAGAAAAAGGGAACACCCUGGCUGUGCUGGAUGUUCUAGAAGGGCGAACUCACACCAUCUCACUUCCCAUCAACCUCCAGACAGUUUUUCUCGUAGCAGAAGACAAAUGGCUUCUGGUGGAGAGCAAAACACAUCAGAAAUAUCUUUUAACUAAGCCUGCACACAUCGAAUCUGAGGACAGUAGGGUUUGCCAGUUGUAUGUGCUGAAAGAGGAGCUGCCUAGCACAGGGUUUGGAGUCACACAAGAAACAGACUUCAGCAUACCUCAUAAAAUUUCAAGUCAUCAACUAUCAUCUGAAAAUCUGAGUUCAGCUGUGGGACAAAAGAUUGCCUCUCCUAACCGAAUUCUUGCAGAUGAGAAUAGUUAUGCUACAGUCGUUGUUGGUUUCCCAGAUCUCAUGUCACCUAGUGAAGUUUAUUCUUGGAAAAGGCCAACGUCUUUGCAUAAAUCGAGGGUCACUGAUACAUUCUAUGGAGGGAAGAAGAAAAUUGGAACUCCAAAGCAGAGCAAUUGUGUGACGCUUUUGGAUACUAAUCAGAUAGUCAGGAUUUUGCCCCCAGGAGAAGUCCCUCUAAAAGAUAUCUACCCAAGAGAUGUUAUCCCUCCACAAACAGCUGGUUAUAUAGAAGUCACUGAUCUCCAAUCAAAGAGACUCCGAUACAUCCCUAUUCCUGGAUCAGACUCUCUCUCACCAUAUACCACGUGGCUAUCUACUAUCUCGGACACAGAUGCACUGCUGGCUGAGUGGGGCAAAGGUGGCGUUGUCACUGUUGACAUGGGAGGUCGCAUCCGGCUUUGGGAAACUGGACUGGAACAUCUGCAGCGGUCACUCAUGGAAUGGAGAAACAUGAUUGGACAAGAAGGUGACAGACUUAUGCAGAUAACAAUCAACAGAGAGAGCGGUGAAGACGUGAGUUCCCCCAAACACGGCAAGGAGGACCCAGACAACAUGCCGCAUGUGGGCGGCAAUACUUGGGCUGGCGGCACAGGGGGAAGAGACACUGCAGGUCUGGGCGGCAAAGGAGGUCCUUACCGGCUGGAUGCAGGCCACGCCGUGUACCAGGUCUCUGAGGCUGAGAAAGAUGCAGUUCCUGAGGAAGUGAAGAGAGCUGCGAGAGAGAUGGGCCAGAGAGCGUUUCAGCAGAGGUUAAAGGAGAUCCAAAUGAGUGAAUACGAUGCUGCAACCUAUGAAAGGUUUUCAGGGGCUGUUCGACGGCAGGUGCACUCCCUCCGAAUUAUCCUGGAUAAUUUACAGGCUAAAGGUAAAGAAAGACAGUGGCUAAGACACCAAGCUACUGGGGAACUAGAUGAUGCCAAGAUCAUUGAUGGGCUGACUGGAGAAAAAGCCAUCUACAAACGCCGGGGUGAGCUGGAGCCACAACUGGGCAGCCCCCAACAGAAACCCAAGCGCCUGCGUCUGGUGGUGGACGUGUCCGGCAGCAUGUACCGCUUUAAUGGGGUGGAUGGCCGGCUUGAGCGCUCGAUGGAAGCCGUGUGUAUGGUCAUGGAGGCCUUUGAGAGCUAUGAGGAGAAGUUCAAGUAUGACAUCGCUGGACACUCUGGAGAUGGCUACAACAUUGCUCUAGUUCCAAUUAACAAAAUCCCCAAGGACGAUAAGCAAAGACUGGAAAUUCUCAGGACGAUGCACGCCCACGCUCAGUUCUGCAUGAGUGGGGACCACACAUUAGAGGGGACGGAACACGCCAUCAAGGAAAUCGUCAAAGAAGAAGCUGACGAGUACUUUGUCAUUGUCUUAAGUGAUGCCAACCUGUCACGCUAUGGAAUACAUCCUGCCAAGUUUGCCCAGAUCCUGACAAGCAACCCUCAAGUAAAUGCUUUUGCCAUUUUUAUUGGAUCUUUAGGUGAUCAAGCAGCCAGGAUUGCAGAGUACGGCUAAGAACAGACUUAAUAUCACGUAAUUACAGUCACUUUAUUACAACUGAAUUUGCAUUUUUUCUCCGUUGUGUGUGUAAGCCUCUUCAAGGACUUCCGUGUCCUCAAACGUAAACCAUGCCUUUCCACUCAGGUUGUCUUCAGGACGAGCCCAGGAUGAACCAAACGGCAAGCUCAACAAAUAUUGGUUGAGCUGAAAGAGCUGUUUUGUCUUUCUAGUGAACAGAUCCUGUUUGAAUACUUAAGAAAACACAAUAAUACCCUUGUGGUUUCCUAGGGAAAUGAUCCAACAUCCACUGGCAAAAGAUAUGUUGCAGAAUUAGCUGGUCUACUGGGCAUGCCAAAUGUAUGAUACUACACAGGAUGGUGGACUUUUAUUAAAUGUCAUUCCAAAACCAAACUUUGUUGGCACAGUGAAAGGAGGCGUUCUUUUGGGUAGAACUGUGUCUUGUACUUAUAUUGCCUCCAAAAAUGUCCCUUUGUUCCAAAUGAUAAAUUGGCAUUUUAAAAAAUUAUCAUAAUCCUGUAUAACCUCAGUGUCAUCAAAACAGCAAUUGCAUAAGUCAGAUUACAUUUCACAUUGUAUGAUGUGGGGCAAAAAAGAGAGAGAGAGAACGUGUGAGAGAGAGGAAGAGAGAAAGAACCACUUGAGGUUUGGCUGGGCAGCGUUUUUCAAGACCUGUUUUCUAAGGCAGGAAAAGCAGUUAGAAGUACAGGGUGAGGCCAACACGUUCAGUGGAUCCAGGUGAGCUAGUCCCAGAUUGGUCCCUAGGGCUCCGUUCUGUCCAGGGAACAUAAAAAUACCAGGAAACUACAGUAAUAAAAAGGAGAGAAUUUUUUCUUUGCAAAUUCGCUGAUUUUGUCACUGAAAAGACCUUUCUUUCGGUUCAGUGCUUUCAGUGUGCCUCUCCCUGGAGCUGUUGUUGCCUAGUGACAGCGGGUUCCACUGCAGGCAGGGGCAAGGUAUUAAAGAGUGAAAACUUCCCUUCCUAAGAAACCAUUCGGAUGCUGAGGUUUGCAGGGGCAGGAGGUGGAAGGGGAGCCCUGAUUUGCAAUGGUAAUUUUCUUUCCCCAUCCAUCCUGACAGGCUUCAGAGAACUCUACCAGCUGGCCGGUCUUUCGUUGCCAUGGAUACCAAGGACAUCCCUCAGAUUCUACAACAGAUUUUCACCUCCACCAUGCUGUCCAGUGUUUAAGAAGUGGCCUUUAUCAUCCCGAUGACCCUGGGAUUUGAAAUAAGCUAGGAAGAAAGAGUAUUCUGAAGAAAAGAAGAGGUCUAUAAAGUGCCCCUGAGUGAUGACUGGCUAAUUCUGGCAUUCCCAGGCUUUCCUGCGCUUGCUAAGUAAUCAGAGUUCAGCGAAGCAACCAGAGCGGGGCCUGUGCAUGGAAAUCUACAACCAUUGAUGGGUUUACAAAUCAUUAGAGGAAGCGAGUUGACCUGCAUUAUACAAAAGGUCAGGGUUAAGGGAAGGUGGUUUGAGAACUAUGGUGCGUGGUCUAUUUCCAAAAACCUGAGGGAAAGAGUACCUUGCUUUUGCCUUAACACAGCACCUGGUCACCUAGGAUAACAAAAGUGACCCCAGCAAACUAAGCCUUUGAUGCCACAUUCUGACACUGGAAUACAAGUCUGUGCAAACUCACCCAACCAGCUCCUCUUCAAUAAUUAUUUUUAUUUUCUCCUCCACCCUGUACUGCCCAACAAACAAUGACUUUACAGUAUUUAACCCACUGAAAAGUCCUUUCAACGGCAAUAUUCUAUGAAAGGUUGGGUUUUCUCAAUAAUUUCAUUUUCUUAGCCAAAACCGAAAGGAAUCAAAAGAUCCUUGGAUUGCUUCCUUUCCCACGUGACUUUUAAAAGGCUUUUUAAAUAAUAAGGAGCAAAUGUCCUAUUCUCCGUGCUGCUGAGAUUGGAGGGAUGUCUUGCCUUAAGUUUCCUGUUUCUUCUUCUUCUUUAAUGCUCCUCAGAAGUUUCACACUCCUCCGUUUUGGUGUCCAAAAUGUAAUGCUCAAAAUAACAAAUGCUUAUGUUUUUACAUAAAGCAAAGUGAAAACAAGGCAGUAUGUUUGAACUGAAUGGUAAUGAGCUUUCUUUAGCUAUAAAUAUAUAUAUAUAUUUAAGCCUCAUUCUUUUUUUUUAUUCCCAUUCUCUCUUGGGCUGACCUUUACUUAUCAAUAGACUCGAUGUCAGUUUUUUUUUUUAAUCAAAUGCUCCAGCAGAAGUCAGUCUCUUUCCAACCAUAUAAUAAAAGUUUCUCUUCACCUUUGAUGGUAAAGUCCGAAAUGCUAGGGGCACCAUUGUGUCUGUGCUUUCAUAAGACAAGUUGGAAAAAUUAGUCUUGUUAAUAAUGGUAAGUUAUUCACCCAUACAUAGUGGGAAUUGUACGAUUCAUUUUACUUUCAUUAUAGGAAAGAAAAAUAGAUGACACACAUUUGUUUCACCAAUCCAUCUCCCUAUCAAAGAAAUAAAAGCAAUCAGAUUUCCAGCGCAGUAUUGCCCAGCAAGUUUGCGUGGCUUGUCUUGUUUCUCUAGACAGACGCUUGCUUUGUGUACUGAAUCAUCCAAUGAUGCAAACAAUUUCAAUCCAAGAAGUAUCUUUAAAAAUGCAAUAGCAGGGCUUCCCUGGUGGCGCAGUGGUUAAGAAUCCGCCUGCCAACGCAGGGGACAUGGGUUCGUGCCCUGUUCCGGGAAGAUCCCACAUGCCGCGGAGCAACUAAGCCCGUGCGCCACAGCUACUGAGCCUGCGCUCUAGAGCCUGCGAGCCACAGCUACUGAAGCCCACGCGCCUAGAGCCUGUGCUCUGCAACAAGAGAAGCCACCGCAAUGAUAAGCCCCUGCACCGCAGCGAAGAGUAGCGCCCACUCGCCCCAACUAGAGAAAGCCCAUGCGCAGCAACAAAGACCCAGCUCAGCCAAAAAUAAAUAAAAUAAAAAUUAAUUUUAAAAAAAUGCAGUUGCAUUAAUAACAAUAAUGAUAAGAACGGCAGCUAGCAUUUACUGAUUACUAUGCACCAGGUAUGCUAAGUGAUUUCAUACAUUAUUCCAUUCAAUCCUCACAACAGUGCAUGUAAAAUAGGUAUUUUUUAGCUUCAUUUACAGAUAAGGAAAGUGAGGCUCAGAGAACUUAAAUCACUUUCCCAAGAUUCCCAUUUCUAGACUAUUGACUAACUACUCAUUGUACUAUUAACAUCCUCAUUUUACAAAGAGGGAAACUGAGGCUUAGGGAAUUUCAAGAAAAUAGGGGGAAGGGGCAGAGCUGUGACCCUGGACUGUCCCCUCUCAUGCUUUAUUCUUGCAAACCUAGAUGUCGAGCUUUUGGUGCCUUUUUCUCCUUUCUCCCAGUGCAGUUUCUCUUCUUGCAAAACGACCACGUUUCCUAGAGCUCCCUCUCUGCGGUGCUCAGAAACUAUCUGCACGAUUUGAGCACUUAGAGGAGGGAGUGGGGACCAAGGACAUGGGACACUGCUGGAGGGACACUUCCAACUGCUCCUUCUUGGGCCCACAGAGAAUUGAGGAAGUGUCCAUCCAAGGGGCAGCUUAACCCCUAGGGGUGCCCCUCUGCUAGAGGGUCACAGCCCCUGAAAGCCUUUGGAAGUUGAAUCCAAGAGUGAUUGACAGAACAGCCUUUUAAUGAAUCCUCCCUAUGGGUAACUACCUGGGUAAGCAGAAGCCUUUUUUUUUUUUAUAACAUGGAAAGAAUGUUCUCAAGUAAUUUAAUUUCCCUUUCCCCACCGGCCAGACAUCCUUUGCAAAAGUUAUUUUUUAAAAAUAUGUAACUCCUGGCUUUUCUGAUUUGUAAGAGGGAAGGAUGAUGGGGGAGGGGAGUAGAGAGUGAGAAAAUGAAGGGCUUCUUUUCACUUCUUGCAAUACCUAAGAAGUUGUGCCUUUAUUAUUAAAUGCACUUAAUUAUAGGCCACUCCAAGCUAUUCCCAGGCCCUUCUUAGGGCCAGGACGUUAUAAUAAACGCAUUGUGUGCCUCGGGGGGGGGGGUUCCAGAGAAAGGCAGCUAAAUCCGUCCUCAGGGAGCCCGUGUAAUGCUGAGAGGGUUCAUUGUGAUCCCCGGCAGCCAGGAGGAGUGAAUGCCAUGAAUCGUCUCAGUAGAGGAUGCGUUUUCCCCCUGGAGUUCUUUGUGUGCUCCAGCAGAAUGACCUCAUCACAUACAGGCAGCUCAAGCACAGCCACAAGAAGAGGGUGAGAGCAGGCAUACCAGAGCCCAGCACAUGUUUGGAAUGAAUCAUUUAAUUCUUUACAUUACACCCUUUCCUGUGAGCCAUGAGCAGGAGAAAUCCAUGAAUGCCAGAAAGGUUUACUCUAAACAAACUUCCAGGCUUUGAGAGCCAUGUAGAAGUGGUUUUCCGUGGGGAGCAUUGACAGCGUCCCUGGAGGCAGCUCCGGAGGCUCCAAACCCUCCCUCCACCUGGUGCCUUCUCACGCCUGUCAGAUCAGCCAAAAUGAAAUUCCUCGGGGAACAGAGGAAAGAGAUAUGGGACCAGGGAGCAAGAGGCAUCCUCGCUUAUUUGUUGCGUUUCUAUUUGUUUCCUCCCAUCGCAAUUAUAAGAGAUAUUUCACAAGUCUAAGCUGAUACCUCAUGUGCCUAGACAGACAUUUUUUUCUGGAAUUGCAUCUAAGGAAUAGUCAAACGUCCAUUCGUAUUUAGUAAACUGUACGUCACUUCUUCAAGUUAUUAAGAAAUAAAAUGUCCCCUUUUUAAAAAUCAUUCCAACCACUAACAUAGAUGACUUUUUAAAAUACUAAUUGAAGGGUCUAAUUCACUACCAAUUUCUGGUCAGGGUUAUAUCAUAAAGUUCUUACCUGUUGCUUUUCCUUUACCUUUUUUCUAAGACUUGCUGUGGCCAAAGUACUACGGGUCAUGGAAAGGAAUUCCGAAGUUCCAUCUUGUAGUGGGAGGAUUUCCAAACUCUGGGUAGAAUUAGUCAGUAGGAAGGAAGUUCUCAAUGCUGCUCGGCUGUUAACUACCUGUGCAGACUUGGGCUAGUCACUCGUGGGCCUCAAUUGCUUCAUCUCUGAAUUAAAAGACUUGGACAAAAUGAUCUCUAACACUGAAGUCCCACGUUCCUUUAACUCCUACAGAACUGACUUUGUCCCUUGUAUGUCUUAGAGAGUCACAUCAUCUCAGUGUAUUUUUGUCCCAACCUCACACGCAUUUUAGCCCCUACUGUACAGAGAAUUUUGGCACGUAUAUCAAUCGCCGUAACAAAAGUGUGUUAUUGAAUGAAUAUGCAUUCUAAAAGCUACAUAAGCUUCAUUAGAAUUGGUCAAGAGGGCUUUUUCCCCCCAGCAGUUGGACAGAUAUUUCUGUUGGAUCAUGAUUCACAAGAUUUCUGCCCAUUGUCUCUUGCUUUGCAUUUUGCAGCCAUAAAAUAAAAUUCCAUGUCUGCUGAUCUGCACAGUGGGAUCAAAAAGGAUCAGGAAUUGGAAAACUACUGUGUGCUGAGAGCUGACCUUUGUGCCACAGCUGAACAAUGUACAAUUGUGUAUGUGGUUUUUUUUUUAAUUGUUAGAUCCUGUAAACAAAAAUCUCCUCCAGAGGAGAAAAAAAAUGCUUGCCAAGCAAACUCUCAAGAUGAGAGCGAUUGGACACUCUUUUUUUUUUUUUUUUUUUUUUUGAGACUAAACGCUAUCUGGGGCUUUCACCUUCAAACAGAGACAGCGUCUCUUCUGGCCCAGCCGUGCACAUUUGCUUUAGAAUGCCAGGGUUACAUAAUUUUAAAAUUGAGUGGCACUUGUGGUAUUUGGCCACUCAGAGCAAAGUAUAACACUCUUUUAAGGUGGCUUGGGUCCUUAAAAGGUGGCGAGAACAUCGUGUUCUGCUCUAAGAAAUCUCAGCAAGGGACCUGUCAGCUCUAAAAAGCAUGGACCACCACGCAUGGUCCCCCCAUCCCGCCCUCUGCAGGCACCAAAGGCACCCUGACCCUUCAUUCUUCUCACGGGCUUCAGUGAAAGGGUUUGGAACUGCCAGCUCUUCCCCUAUAGGAACAACUGAACGAUUUGUCAAUAAACCCUGACUCCAAAGAUGGUAGGUAUGACCCCAGAGGAGUUCCAGAAUAUAAGGAUUUAUUGAAAUUACGUGCAGCUCUGAAGCAUUAGUAACAGUAACUGGAGCUUGACCUGGAAAUGGAAGGAAACUGUCUGUCUGAAUUUCCCAAAGCGAGUGUGUCUGUCAUGCCGGCCGGAAUGUGGAGAGAGAGUAAUGAACCUGUCAAGAGUCCUUUGUGUAAUUGGUCUCAUGAUACCAUACUUGAAGCCUUAUUCGUUGAAACUUGAAGAAAAAUAAAGUGUAUUUACUCAGACCUGA